CAUUAUUGGGCAACGAAACUCGGUCUUGCGGAAAAGCCAAGUAACAUCACAGAAGAAAAGAAACAAAGUAAAAUAAUCUUCCCUUCACUCAUCUACACAAAUUUUCUCUCUCUUCAUCAAACCCUUCUUUUCAUCUUUCAUUCACACUCAAUUUUCUAUCUUCAAUCUUCGUUCAUGGCUUCUGGAUCAUCUGGUCGCGGUAACCCUAGUUCUAAAGGUUUCGAUUUCGCUUCAGAUGACAUCUUAUGUUCUUACGAAGAUUUUUCCAACAGAGAUUCCAAUUCUAAUGGCAAUCACUCCGAUUCAGCCAUCGCGCCCAAUUCAAACAAGGAUUUUCACAAAACAAGGGUAGCAAGGACAUCAGUUUUUCCUACUACUGCUUAUAAUCCACCUGAAGAUUCUUUAAGCCAAGAUGUGAUUGCAACUGUCGAGAAGAGUAUGAAGAAGUAUGCUGACAACCUCAUGCGAUUUCUUGAGGGAAUUAGUUCAAGGCUAUCACAGUUGGAAUUAUAUUGCUACAAUCUUGACAAAUCUAUUGGAGAAAUGAGAUCUGAUUUAAAUCGUGACCACGGUGAGCAAGAUUCAAAGCUCAAAUCUCUUGAAAAGCACCUUCAGGAAGUUCACAGGUCAGUACAAAUUUUAAGAGACAAGCAAGAGUUAGCUGAGACUCAGAAAGAAUUAGCCAAGCUUCAACUUGCUCAGAAAGAAUCAUCUUCCACAAGCCAUUCACAGCCAAAUGAGGACCGAUCUGCACCUUCUACUGGAGAUCCUAAAAAAACUGAUAACGCAUCUGAUGCGAGCAACCAACAGUUAGCUCUUGCCUUGCCUCAUCAAAUUCCUCCUCAACCACAGCCUUCAUUACCCUCAGCCCAAGCUCCACCACCAAACGUGACUCAAACCCCUCAACAAUCUGCUUAUUACAUGCCACCUGCCCCUGCAGCUGCUCAGCUCCCGCAGAAUCAGUAUAUGCCUUCUGAUCAACAAUACCGAACCCCCCAACUACAAGAUAUGUCUCGGGUGGCUCCUCAACAAACACCAUCUCAAAUAAACCCUCCCACGCCUGUGCAACAGUUUUCUCAGUAUCAGCAGCAGCCGCAGUCACAGCAAUGGCCUCAGCAGGUGCAACAAUCCUCUAUGCAACCUCAAAUGAGACCCCCUUCAUCAACUGGGUAUCCUCCAUACCAACCAAGCCAAGCAACAAAUCCAUCACCCACAGAAACACUGCCAAACAGCAUGCCCAUGCAAAUGCCAUAUUCAGGAGUUCCACAAUCAGGAUCCAGCCGUGCUGAUUCCAUGCAAUAUGGAUAUGGUGGAGCUGGUAGAACAGUUCCACAGCAACCUCCACCUCAGCAAAUCAAAGGCUCAUUCCCUGCACAACCUGGUGACGUGUAUGGAGCUAGCGGGACCCACCCGGCUAAUGCAUACAUGAUGUAUGAUGGUGGUGAGGGAGGAAGGACACACCAUCCACCACCUCAACCCCCUCAUUUUGCCCAAGGUGGAUAUCCUCCAACAAGUGCUUCGCUUCAGAACCCUAAUCUCAUGGUCCGAAAUCCUAGUCAGUCACAGUUUGUACGCAACCAUCCUUACAAUGAGUUGAUUGAGAAAUUGGUGAACAUGGGAUUCAGGGGUGACCAUGUGGCGAGUGUGAUCCAAAGGAUGGAGGAGAGUGGACAGACUAUAGAUUUCAACUCUGUUCUUGACAGGUUGAAUGUGCAUAACUCUGUUGGUCCUCAGAGAGGAUGGUGAGGGUGAACAACAACUUAACUUGUUUCUGGAAUGUCCUGUACUGUUUAAACUCAACAUCAUUGCAGUGUUUUAGUAUGCAUGGAAUAAAAGUUUUAUGUAAUGGGCACAGUUUAUCAUCAUUUGUAAAAAAUGUCUUAAGAUGUGAGGAUUGUCUAGUAUUUUUACAGAAUAUAUCCUUCACUUGUUCUUUCUA